AUGGAUUUAAGAGUCGGCAGGAAGUUCCGCAUAGGGCGCAAGAUAGGGUCCGGGUCGUUCGGAGACAUCUACCACGGCACGAACUUGAUCAGCGGAGAGGAAGUGGCGAUUAAGUUGGAGCCGAUCCGCACGAAGCACCCGCAGUUGGACUACGAGUCGCGUGUGUACAAGUACCUCAGCGGUGGCAUCGGGAUCCCGUUUAUCCGAUGGUUCGGACGCGAAGGCGACUACAACGCGAUGGUGAUCGACCUUUUGGGCCCAUCGUUGGAAGAUCUCUUCAACUACUGUCACCGCAAGUUCUCGUUGAAAACUGUGAUGAUGUUGGCGCUGCAGAUGAUAUGCAGGAUCCAGUAUAUCCAUGGGCGGUCGUUUAUCCACCGUGACAUCAAACCAGACAACUUUCUAAUGGGCGUGGGGCGUCGCGGGAGCACGGUGCAUGUCAUUGAUUUUGGACUCUCGAAGAAGUUCCGCGACUUCCGCACGCACAACCACAUCCCGUAUCGUGAGAACAAGAACUUGACCGGCACAGCCCGGUACGCGAGCGUGAACACGCAUUUGGGCAUUGAGCAGAGCAGGAGAGACGACUUGGAAAGUUUGGGGUACGUGCUAAUCUACUUCUGCAAGGGCUCGCUUCCUUGGCAGGGUCUCAGAGCCACAACCAAGCGCCAAAAGUAUGACCGCAUCAUGGAGAAAAAGUUAUGCAUUAGCGUGGAACAGUUAUGUGUGGGGCUACCGAUCGAGUUCGUGGAGUAUAUGCGCUACUGCAGAAAUUUGCGCUUCGACGAGCGCCCCGACUACAUGUAUGUGGCACGUCUAUUCAAGGACUUGUCGAUCAAGCUUGAGUACCACAACGACCACUUGUUCGACUGGACCAUGCUACGUUACACAAAGGCCAUGAUAGACAAGCAGUCGCAGGCCGCAGAAACACAGCACCAAUCGCAACAGCAGGCACAAGAGCCUGCAAAUGGUGAUUCCGAUACAGAUUCCAAGAAUGCAUCUUUCAUGAAGGUAAAGAAGUUGGCUAUGAUGAAGUUUCCUAGCCACUUCCACUACUGGAAGCCCACUGAUACGCACCAUCCUAGCCCCGAAGAGAUCAAGCACCAGACUGUUCAAAACACACAAAUUGUAUCCACGAUACCAGACGAAGUAUUAAGCGAAAUUGACAAGAACAUGGAGGCGCUCAAGCAGGAGGCCGAGCAAGGCCGCGCCAGGCCGGGCAACGCACUCCCUCAGCAGUCUAAUGGCGCCGUGGUCACACUGCUUGAACAGCAGCAGGCACAGGAACAGGGCCAGCAGGAGCAGCAGCUCCAGCAGCAGCAGCAACAGCAGCACCACCAUCCACAGACACAAGUCACUCCGGCUCAGGCACAAUCGCCGCAGGCCCAACCUCCUGCCAAGCCUGACGGCAACGCCGGCGGUGCCGGCAUAUGGUUGUAG